AUGUCUGAACUAAAAGGGCGUAUAGUCAACAAACAGGGUAUCCAGUCCCAUAUUCAUGACUGUGCACUUCUAAAUCCUCUGAAUCCGUGUCACAGGUCAACAAACAGGGUAUCCAGCCCCAUAUUCAUGACUGUGUACACAAAACUCCUAUUUCUAAAUCCACUGUAUUCCUCGGAAAAGCCAACCGACAGGUCGUGCUCGGCUGCCGUCGAGUGCACUCGUAUGCACCGGCGCUCGGUUCCGCCACAGUUCGGUUUCGCACGACUGCCGCCAAACCCGCCGCCGCUACCGCAGCGGCGUGCCACCCGCCCGCGCGCAAUAAGGCGAGUGUUUGUGCAGAACACUACCGCCGCGCUUGAGGUCGGCCUGGACGCGAUCAUCGCGACCGGCCAGGCCACCCUCGCCACCCGCAACACCAAGGCCCACGGUGCUGGGCCCUCCACCCCGGCGCCGUCUCGGCAGGCGACACCGACUCCGUUCCCGACCACCGCUGACGUACCUCCCAACCCAGGGACCAGAACUACUGCUGCUGCGUCCGUGGUGAUGCAGACCAGGCCUGCAGCACCAGUACCUUCCCCGCGCUCACCGCGAUUCACCGCCGCACAGGCGGACAUCGCCGUAGGAAGAUUCCCGUCCCCGCCACAACGGGGACCCAGGAUCCCGGCAGCGUUCACGCCGCCAAACAUGUCCGCGCUAUCGCCGAGCUCGCCGAUGGACGCUUCGGCGUCCCCGAGCCCAACAUACGCCGCCCAGACUCCCGCCCCUACCAUCGACAUCGGAGGAGCACCGAAGACUGCAGCCAAGUACCCUCCACUGAUAGUGGAGGCGUUGCCGGACUGGCCGCACCACUUCCGGGAGCUGAAAAGGCUCCUGGGACAUAGACCAAACGGACGCCGACUUUUUUGA